AUGGAAAGGAAUCUUAGGAAUGUUUUGAUAAUUUCUUUUGGAUUUUUACUUCUCUUCACUGCUUACGGAGGACUCCAGAGUCUGCAGAGCAGUCUCCACUCAGAAGAAGGGCUGGGUGUUGCCUCCCUAAGUGUUCUCUAUGCUGCGCUCAUCUUAUCGUCCAUGUUCCUCCCACCAAUCCUCAUCAAGAAGCUGGGCUGCAAGUGGACCAUUGCAGGCUCUAUGUGCUGCUACAUCACAUUCUCCUUAGGGAACUUCUACGCUAGCUGGUACACACUAAUCCCUACCUCCAUAAUCCUGGGCUUAGGAGGGGCACCACUCUGGUCUGCCAAAUGCACCUACCUCACCAUUGCUGGCAACUCAUAUGCUGAGAAAGCAGGAAAAAAUGGGAAAGACAUAAUCAACCAAUACUUUGGGGUCUUCUUCCUGAUAUUUCAGUCCUCUGGCAUCUGGGGAAAUUUGAUCUCAUCCCUGAUAUUUAGCCAAGCUUCCAACAAAGUGGAAAUAUCAGAGGAAAAACUGGCAUGCUGUGGAGCGUACGACUGCAUGACUGACACCACUAAUGCUACUGGGACAGCAGAACUCUCCAGUUCUUUGAUCUACACUCUGCUAGGGAUCUACACUGCUAGUGGUGUGCUAGCUGUGUUGCUGAUUGUUAUAUUACUGGACCAGAUCAAAUCUGACCAAGCAGAGACUGAAAAAGAAAUACUAGAGACACCAUCCUUUUGGUCUACGUUCCUAGCAACUUUCCAGCAUCUUAAAGAUAAAAGACAGUGUCUUCUAAUUCCUCUGACAAUUUACAGUGGGCUUGAACAGGGGUUUCUUUCUGGUGACUACACAAAGACGUAUGUGACCUGUGCCCUGGGGAUACAUUAUGUUGGUUAUGCGAUGAUCUGCUUUUCAGCUGUAAAUUCCCUCUGCUCCCUGAUCUUUGGAAAGAUCUCUCAGUUUACGGGUAGAAAACUUCUGUUUGCGUUAGCCGCUGUUACAAACACUGCCUGUAUAAUAGCACUACUACUGUGGAAACCUCAUCCUAAGCAGCUUGCUGUAUUUUUUGUAUUCCCUGCUCUUUGGGGCCUAUCUGAUGCCGUUUGGCAGACACAAACGAAUGGACUCUAUGGAAUUUUAUUUGAGAAGAACAAGGAGGCUGCCUUUGCCAAUUACCGUCUCUGGGAAUCACUUGGAUUUGUUAUUGCCUUUGGUUACAGCACCAAAUUGCAAGUCUACAUCAAACUGUAUAUUUUAUUGUCUGUCCUUGUGUUGUCUAUGGUGAUGUAUGGAGCAGUUGAAUACCUCGAAGCUAGAAGAUCCCCUGGGGCCCCUACUGCUACAAAGAAGGAAAAUGUAGGACCCCCCACCCAGGAUUCACACAUGUAA